CUCGCGAGUACCGGAAGUAGGGUCCUCGGGCCUUAGCGACCGUUGUCAGGGGUUGUGGGGGCGGGGUCCGCGUCUGGGGAGAGUGGGGUCCCUCCCUGCUCCCAGCCUGGCGCUUGGCUGCUGCGAUGGCGGCGCUGACGGACAAGUCGCUGCUCUCGGCCGAGCUGGAGGAGGACAGGGACGAGGACGAGGAGUUCCAGCGGCUGCUGCUGCAGGGCAAAGUUCAUCUACCUCACCGGCUGGGUGACGCUGCUGUGCUAUCGUGCGUGCUUUCGUGCGGGAGGUGUCGGACAACAGACUGGACGAGCCAGCCGGGAGUCCCUGACAAGCCGUUACAGGCAACGCAGAAGAUACAGAGCACAAUGCCUUCAGCUCCAGAUUCCAAACCUAUCCGUCCUCAGCCAGGCUUCUGCAUUAAGACCCAUGCCAGUCCCACUGAAAAAGUCUUUGUGAACGUGUGCCGGUCUCCGCACAUCCCACCACCUCCCGACCUAACUCCCCAGGAGCUGGAGUGUCUGAUUGAGUCUGACAGUGCCUCGGCCUUCCGCAUCCCCAUGAGCCUGGGGGAGCCCCAUGCCGAGCUGGACAAGAGUGGGAAUGGGUGCACUGCCUAUGAUGUGGUCAUCAACACAGGCUUCUUCAAUAAGCUGGAGGCCAACCUACUGUUCAAGGAGUUCUUCAUCACUGUUGCCUUGGAAGGGCUUGCAGAGAAAUACAGCACCAACAUAAACCACCCAGAAUGGCUAGUGCUGAAGAACCGCAAAUUCAUGGGCUCAAUCUCGGAGCAGACCGUCCGCACCAAGUCCCAGCCUGUCAUCCAGGAGAUGGACCUUGACAAAGCUGGUGAGACCCAAGAGACCCCCAUGGAGCUGUCCCAUGCCCAGAGCUUCUCCGUGGUCCCCAAGUUCACCAUCCGGGCUGAGCCACCAGAAGGGCACCCUAACUUCCUGCGUGCCGAGAUCCACCUGCCCCAAGUGGCCUCGGCACUGGAGCUGUCCCUGGAGCUGGGGGAGGACCGGAUCGUGCUGGAGGGUGGGCAGGUGCCCUACCUCCUUGAUAUCUACAUCCCCCACCGCAUCAAGCCCGAGAGGAGCCGUGCCCAGUUCCACAGGGGCACCAAGGUCUUGACUGUGACGAUGCCGAUCCAGCUUGUGCCAGGGGCCCCCAUGCUGCUCCCCUGAAGAUCCCCCACUUCCUGUUGGAUAGGAGCCAGGAUUUCACACCCCCUAGGCAAGGGAGGCAUCUGCCCCAACCUGAGGAGGGUGUCAGCAUGGGCAGCUGGGGUGCCACUCCCCCCCCCCCAAUUAAACACCCAGCAAUGAGUGAAGUUGGGUGGGGAGCCAGGACACCUGGGUUCUAUCUCUCCAGUUUGGGAAAAGAGAGCAGAAGCAGUGGGACCCCAAGCACCUGGAUCAUGCCCCCACCCUUGGUCUGCUGGGAGCAGGCAGCCAGGACUCCUGAGUUCUUACCCCUGAAAUUGGAGGCCAAGAUUUUGCUGGCCUGGGUGGCGGUGGUUGAUGGGAGGGAGAGGUUGCGCCUGUGAUUUUUGUAAAGAGAAAGAGACAAUAAAAGGAGCAAGCUGGAAACUCA